AAUGCGGACUUCGCGAUGUCGCCGAAGAGGAAGGGCGACAGGCGCAGGGGCGUCGUUAGCGUCGCAACGGGCAAAACGUCCGCGACCAACUCGCUGGACUGGGACUCGCCGUCCACGAAGACGGGCACCGUCAAGCGGCGUCCGCCGUCCGGCGAAUGCGACGAGUUCGCCGACAUGGACGGCAAAUACGGCGACAGGUCGAUCUAUGAGCCGAUGUCGCCUCUAGAGAAAAACGGUGACAAAAAAGUUCCUCUUCAAGCCUUGAAAAGCUUCGAAAGACCUUUGCCACCUGAACAUUAUUAUGAGCCACUGAAAUCAAACCUUCACCUACCAGAUUUAGCACUCAAAACUCAAAGUGACCUAGUGACUAGUGAAACUAACAAUAUAGUGGAUGAGUUUGCUGAAAAGUGUGGGAAGUACAGUGACAGAACAAUAUAUGAGCCAAUGUCACCACUUGAAAAAAAUGGCGAUAAGAUAGCAGUGCAACGUCGCACAAAAAUACCCGGAUACGUGCCGUACCACGAACGGAGCCACCGUCUCUCCAGACAGUCGCUUUGUGAACGGACCGGACCGGAACACGGGGACGUUUCCGGUAAGGCGAAGAACGCGAGGGACGGCCUGAAAUGGCUCUCGUUUAACGAACGGGACGCGUAUCAGAUCGGCACUUCCAAAGUUGAAAAUUUAGACGAUGCGAGGAGCAUAGAGGGAAAUGGGCCGACCAUCAAAAGGGAGGGCAUCUAUAAAACUGGCAAAGUGUCUGAUUCGGAUUCCGGGAUUGCCUCACCUUUGUCACCUGGUUCGGUUUACGGUUUCCUGGGCUACCCGGACAGGAACAACUGUUGUUCGUUCAGGAAAGACGUCGAGACAUACGGCAGAUUGGAAAGUCGCCAGGAAUGUCUGUUCCUUCCCGAACAAGUGCAGAUCUACACGGACUGGGCGAAUCACUACUUGGAGAAGGCCCGGAGCAAAAAGCGCGUCAAUUCCCUGGCGACAGACUGCAGCGACGGAGUCCUGCUGGCCGAAGUCAUCGAGUCCGCCACUUGCCAGAAAAUUCCGGACAUCAAUAGGAAGCCCAAAACGCCUUCUCAAAUGUUGGACAACAUCAAUUUAUGUUUGAACGUACUGAAAAGCCAACAUGUGUCCGGCGUGGAGAGCGUCUCAGCCCAGGAACUGAGAGAUGGGAAGCUGAAGGCGAUCCUCGCUCUAUUCUACGCUCUAUCUCGACACCGGCACGCUAAAGUCAGGGCCCAACACCACAUACAGCAGGACAUGACGCCUAACAGGUCUUCAGCAAUUCCUCACAAGGGAGGAAGUGCAAUACCAUUGCCAGGAUCAGCAAUACCAGCUAGGAGAUGUCCUCCGGAUAAAGUAAGGCCAGUGGCCAGCUCCAGCAGGGCUGGCAGCCCCGCCAUGUCCAUGAUACCAAGAGGAUCACCUGCUGGUACUCAAAUAUCAAGCCCGUACCAAACUAACGGGCAACAAAAGAAUUCGAUGUUGGACAAGCUGAAGCUCUUUAAAAGCAACGAAAAGCCGGUGAGCUCCACCAACGGUAAACGCACCAGCUCAAGCAGUGGUGUGUCGUCAGCUCGAAGCGAACGCAGCGACAGCAGCGCCAGCAUCGAGCCCUCGGUGGACCUAAAGCCGGUACGCAACACCUCCAGGCUCCAGCAAGCCAGACCGAAGAAGGCCACACCGUCGAAGAACAGCCCGAGCAGCGGCAAGAAGGAGAUCGCCAACGGGCAGGCCAAGCCGUCGAAAACGGCGUCCGACGUGGAGAAGCACGCUCACAAAGUGGCCAACCUUCCGGCAACCAAGCUGGCCGAGCCCAAGGUACGCGUGUCUUCUGGUAAGCCGUCGGAGGUGGGUGUUAAAAAUCACCACCCACCGAGCAACAUACCCACGCACAACGUGCAACAUGCACCUGGCACGGGUAUUCCGAAACCGACCGCGGCCAUCAAGGGUACCAGCAAGGUGGCGCGUAGCGAGGACAAGUGCGUUGCGGCGAUCAAGUCGCCGCCGUCCGGGCUCUCCCGGGAGAGCUCCCAGAACAACAUAUCACACAAGCCAGCCGUUGCCUUAGUGUCGCCGAUGAAAAAUGACAAGGAGAACCAGCUGUCCGAGAGCAGCCACAGCGCCUCCACGGGACACCACAGCAACUCCAGCGAGAGCAGCGUCAUUUACAAGCCUUCGAGUGAAAGUGGCUCCGAACACCACAACAUCAUCCCCAAUCGCAAGGAGCCCUUGCAAUACAUAUCAGAUGCGGAGCAGACUCCACCACCUCCUCAACCCAUCACCUCGGACCCGGUGAAGGAGAAGCCUGACACUCCGGAGAAGCAGGAGCACGAGAAGCUGUCCCCGAGUGACGACAACAAAAACAUAUCACCCAAACGAUUCGACCACAUAGACGCAACGCGUAAGGUGCUAAACAACAUCCAGGAGGGUCCCCAGGCCGAGGACGACAACGCGCCGAUUAGCAUCGAACCGAUGCGUCCCCUCCUGAGGGGCUACUGCAGCACUCUAACCCUGCCAUCUAGACCGCGACACUAUCAAAGGGUGCAGCCGGACGUCGGGUCGGAUUACUGCGAAAUCUCCCUGGCUAAUGGCUAUUUGUCCGACGGUGAGGUCCUGCGGACGACCAACGGUCUGGACAUUUGCGAUGGGUACAUGUCGGAAGGUGGCUCAGUUUUGUACGCCAGGAGGCUGCAAACCAUGCCGGCUCACAUCCCUAAUGGAGCACCCCGUCUCAACUCCGGCCUCACCGUGUUGACGGAGCAGACGUCGGGCGGCGGCGGACGGAGGGGCGGAUCGCGCGAAUCGCCGCCGCCGCCUCCGGCACCGCGGGCCGCCUCCAAGUCGUCGAGCCGCAGUGUCAACGGCGCCCUCCCGCUCCAGGAGUCGAAGCACCACGGCCACGGCGGCCACCAGUGGAAGCGUUACACCGACUCGCCGGGGGUGGGCAGCCCGCCGCCGCCGCCGCAGCAAGCGCCUCCGGCGCCGGCACCGGCCAGUCCGACGGCGUCGCGACGUGAACGCCGUUCCAGUCCGCACGGCGGCAAGGACAAGUCCAGUAAGGGUGUGAGGGGGGUGCCGCAGAGUUUCGGCUACGUGAAGAGGAGCGCCAACGGGGUUAACGGCACCGCCAACGGGUCGGUUCCCGUUCAAGUGAUACAGAACCAGUCCGGAAAAACAGCGUCCGUAUCGGCGGUGCCGAGGACCAAAGUCAAAGUUUCUGGGGGCACGCAAACCUGCUCCAGCGAUCUUCAACAACAGCAGCAGCAGCAGCAACAACAACAACAGCAAUCACACAAAGCCAAUCCUCCGCAAUUCAAGAGCUACAGCUUGACAGGGAAUGCGGCUUCACAGCUAAGCCAGUCGGUUAGGGAACGACUGAUGAUGGGGUCGCAAAGCUUACCGAAGGGUGCCGGACAACACGACUACGGCCUCAUUCUCCGGCACCAGGCCAGACCUAAGGCCAGCGACGGUUCCUUGUCCGACACCCAAGCCAUCGAUAACAGCAGUCCUUACGCCCCUUGGUUGAGGCACAGUAAUACAUAUUCGGUUGCUCCGAGGUUGUCGGAAACUGAUAGUAUGGAAAGUCUGACGAGUUUGCCGGGUCACAGAAGCAGCCUGACACACGCCAGGCUGUUGAGGGAUUCCCCGUCUCGACUUAGUCGAAGUAACAGUAUCAGCUACCUCCGAGAACGGACUUUUCCAAGGUCGACUAAAAGUGAAAAGUUGUACCCGUCAAUGUUGCACAGGAACAACACGGAACCGGAAACGGAACCGUACUAUUGCCUUCCGAUCGGAGCAAUAAGCCAUUGGUCUCAGCCCACCAGUCCGGCGCCCGGAAACGGCCGGAGCUUCCCCUUGUCACCGACACUUUCCAACACCCCCAGGCACAGCAUACCCAAAAACGAUGAAGUGCACGGCUCCUCGAUCAGUUUGGUGUCCACAGCGUCCAGCUUGUACUCGUCAGCUGAAGAGAAGCAAGCCCACGAAAUACGGAAGCUCAGAAGAGAGCUGAUCGAAGCCCAGGAAAAGGUGCACACGCUGACGUCCCAGUUAAGCACAAACGCUCACGUCGUCUCAGCCUUCGAACAAAGUUUAACGUCGAUGACGCAAAGGUUGCAGCACCUCACCGCCACGUCGGAAAAGAAGGACAGCGAACUGGCGGAACUGAGGACGGCCAUGGAGUCCCUACGUGCGCAGUCCAUACAGGCGGGAAUCGGCACGGGUUUGGCCCGCCAACCGUCCUCGGACAGCGUGUCCAGCCUGUCGUCCGCCUGCAGCCUCGACAAGCACGACAAGAAAAAGAAGAAGGGGUGGCUGCGCAGCUCGUUCACCAAAGCCUUCUCGCGCAACGCCAAGGUCACCAAGGUGCAGUGUCAGAACGAAGGGGAACAAGAGCGUGGCACCACUCCUCCACCUCCAGCACCCACGGACCAUGGGCAGGAGGUGGCGGAGCUGCAGAAGCAGCUUAGGGAGAAGGACUUGGUGUUGACGGAUAUCAGGUUGGAGGCCCUAAGUUCGGCACACCAGUUGGAGAGUCUGAAGGACACCGUGAUGAAGAUGAGGAGUGAAAUGCUGAGCCUAAAGCAAAACAACGAGAGGCUGCAGCGUAUGGUUAGUGGCGCCACCAAUUUGCCCACUGACAUCAAUCAGGAAACGACUGCCAGAACCAGCAACAGCAUCGACGCACUGUGCGAUUUGAUUCCUACAGAGGAGCCGGCGCCGGAUGUCGCUGAAGAUGGCAAAAGGAUAGCCAUUUCCGUUUACCUAGGGCAGCCUCAAAGCUUCGACAAAUACUAUAUAGAACACUAUACUUAUGAUGGAAUAUGUGAUAACGCUACUACUGAAAUAUCGAUAGCCCACACGAAUAUUGGAGCCUCAACGUCUUGGGCCCAACUAGAUAACGCCGUACGAAGAGCCUUCAAGCAAUACGUAGCCAGGCUAGAUCCUGGCGGGGGACUUGGACUAGGGAGCGACGCCAUAGCCAGUUACAAACUGGGCGAAGCCGAACGGAAGCCCGAUUCAGGUCCUCCAGACCUAUUGCCGGUAGGUUAUGCCAUUGGCAGAGUGUCAACGCUGCACGUCGUGUUACAACCUGUGGCGGCCUUAGCUUUUGAAGCUUUAAUACCCAAAGGAGUAGCACAGAGGUUAGUGUCCCUAUUGGCUGAGCACCGACGGUUGGUUCUGUGCGGGGCGCCAGGAACUGGGAAGACACACCUCGCCACCAGGUUGGCGGAGUUCCACGCACAAAGUCUGGGACGGGAUCCGGCCGAAGCUGUGGCAACCUUCAAUGUUGAUAACAAAUCGGGCAAGGAGCUGCGCCAGUACUUGGCCCAUUUGAGUGAGCAGGCCGCAGCUGGCGACAACAGUGUCCUACCCUGCGUCGUAGUCCUGGACAACCUCCACAAGGCCGGUCCUUUGGCUGACGCCCUAGGAUCCUUACCCCGCAAUUUGCCUUGCCUCCUAGGAACGAUGGCCCAGUCGGCUUGUUCAGCAACAAGUUUGCAGCUGCAGCACGGCUUCAGGUGGGUGCUAGUGGCCCCACACAUGGAACCGGCCCGAGGCUUGUUGGGCAGGGUGCUCAGGCGUCGCCUCGCCACGUUGGAGCUGGAACAGGGACCCAAACCGGAGCUGGCCGCCAUCCUUGGCUGGUUACCCAGAGUGUGGCAGCACCUGAACGCGUUCCUCGAAACCCACAGCUCAGGAGACGUGGCCAUAGGCCCCAGACUGUUCCUCAAUUGUCCACUGGAAUUGGACGCAGCCAGAGCCUGGUUCGCCGACGUCUGGAACUACUCGCUGGCGCCGUAUUUGCGCGAGGCAGCGCGCGAGGGUCUCCAACUCUACGGUAGGAGAGCGCCCUGGACAGACCCCACGCAGUUCAUACUGGACACGUACCCGUGGCCCGGUGCUUCUCCCCAGGGAUUGACGACUAUUCCUGCGAAGGACGUAGGCAUUGAGACCGGUCCGGCCGCCCAGGCCGAGAACGACGGCGAUCCGCUGCUGAACAUGCUCAUGCGCCUCCAAGAAGCCGCCAACUAUUCGAGCCCGCACUCGAACGACUCGGAUUGUAACAGCUUAGAUUCGAAUUUGACACACAACAGCAACGUGGGCACCGAAAGCGUGUCCUAACUUAUUAACAUUCUAAACAAUUAUAUAGAUUAUUACUGGAAAAUGUUUUUUUAUACCGAGUAAAGAAGCUAUUUGCUUAAUAAUCUGCUGUUCCACAAUAACUUAGUACAAAUAGCCUUAAUUAACUCCAACCAAAUUUGUGCAUAAACACGAAGCAACUUGAACUCUUUUUAUUAGUAUAAUGCGAAAUUUAUAAUUAAGGUACUAAUGACAACUGUUUUCAGUGACAAAGAUGACUAUAAAUAAAGUGCUUCAAAUUUUUACAUGUAAUAUAAUGUUUAUAAGCUCGCUGUUUGUUGUAAUUAUUUAUUUUUGUGAGGAAAUAUACAAAACAUGCGUCAAUGUACAAAUAUUUUGUAUAUUUUCUAGUUUGUCUGUGUUUUAUGAGUAUUUCUGGUCAAAAUAACCAAUAUUUAUGUAAAUAUGUUAUUUAUAUUAUACAUUUAUACAAAAUAUAAAAUUUUCUAUGCCUAUGUUUAUUAUAUUUAUAUUAACAUAUAAAAUGUUUUAAUAACUUUUAUACAAAUUGUAUAAAUUGCCAUAAAUUAUUACAAAGAACAA